GGGGACACCCAGCAGGGGACACCCAGCAGGGGACACCCAGCAGGGGACACCCGGAACGUCCCGGACGCGGGGUCGUCCAGACAAAGACAGCAUGAGAUUCACUUGACAUUAAUCCUGCAAGAUUACCACGGAUUACCAAGGCCGGAGGUGGGCCUGAGAUACAAUCCCUCCUAGAGAGGGGGAGGCACAGGUGGAAGAAGGGGAUGUGCCCUCAGAGCGCGACUGACCCGCAGGAUAAGAUCAAGACUUUCGUCCUCGUCCAAGCAAAGUUAUUUCUAAAAAACAAGAAGAAAGAUGGUAGAAAGAUGGGAUAAAGCUGCCGGUCGGUCGAUGGCCUCCAGACAUCGAGGUCUUAAAUUCAAAUCCCAUGAACUACUUUGUUGAUUUUCUUUGACUGCAGAGGGAGCGGGAGGAGAGCCAGAGUUCCUCCUCUGGGCUGCACAUCUGUCUGUGUCUUACUCCGCUGGCAGUGAUUAAAUCGCCCGCUUUUCAUCCUUCUCGCCCCUGUGACCCCGCCGUCUGUCGACCGCUCUCCUUGCUCACGCUCCCCAACCCUCCGUCCCUCCCCGCCGCCCGACCUCCGACCUUUGUUUCACUUCUCAAACAUCCCCGAUCCCUCCGCCGCCCUCUUCGAAUCGCUCUCGCUCGCCACAACAAACAAACCCAGAGUCGUCAGCAGAAAACUUCCGAGGCCUCGCCGGUCUCGGACAAGUUUCCCCCCCGGACCGUCGACCUCGAGGAGCAACGAUGCUGGAGAACAUGUCCAGACGCAACCGCUCCCUGCUGUCGCUGUCCCUGACCUCCAUGGCCCUGGCGCUGUCCGUCUGGGCCUUCUGCACCUCCUAUUGGUGCGAGGGGACGCACAAGGUGGUGAAGCCCCUCUGCCUCUCGCCCGUCAAGUUGAGGAACUGCGGGCAGAACAACAGCCAGCCGUACACCACAGAGGCCCCCACCCCGGACCCGAGGCAGCAGGCCUCCAACGUGACGCUGUCUCCGCUGCAGAAGGAGGAGCUGGCCCGGACCAAGAGGAAGCAGAUGGCCAACGCCGUCCAAUACAUAUGGGAGACGGGCGAGGACAAGUACAUGCUGCGCUACUUCCACACCGGCUUCUGGCUCUCCUGCGAGAAGCACAAUGAAGGUGAGAAGUGUCGCAGCUUCAUUGAGCUGACCCCCGAAGAGACACAAGGUGUCCUCUGGCUGGCGGUCGUCAGUGAGUUUGCGUACAUCGGCCUGCUGGCCAUGGGCUUCCUGCUGAUGUGCGUGGAGGUGAUCUGCCUCUGUGCCAAGAGGGAGAUGAACGCCCUCAAGAUCAACGCCUUCGCCGCCAUGUGCACCGUCCUCUCAGGUUUGAUGGGUAUGGUGGCGCACAUGAUGUACACCACGGUGUUUCAGAUGACCGUGAGCAUCGGGCCCAAAGACUGGAGGCCACAGACCUGGGACUACGGAUGGUCUUUCGCCAUGGCGUGGCUGUCCUUCAGCUGCUGCAUGGGGGCCGCCGUGGCCACGCUCAACUCCUACACCAAGACCCUCAUAGAGAUGAAGCGCCGGGCCCGGCUGAGGCUGGACGAGGCUCACGCCGCCACAUGCGCCCCCUCCUACGAGGAGGUGGUUCGGGCCGGCGGAGGCCUCUACUCCGUCAGUCAGCUGAUCCAGCUCGGCCAGCAGGGGGCACUCAUUGGCCCCCUGUGGCCCAGAGGAUCGGGACCGGCCAUGGGCCCCCUGGCGCUGGUGGAGCCCCAUGGUAUGGUGGUGGUGGAGGGAUGCUGCGCUGAGGGAUGUGAAGACUGCGAGCGGGAGAUGGACGAGAUGGAUUACGCGCUGCAGGAGGAGAGAGAGGACUCACUCUGCUGAGACUUAAAACAGCUACACUCCCAUCAUAUCUAUUGGUUUUUGUAAAUAUCCGGUUUCCGAUGAUAAUUGUUGCUGUGUUCCAAUUACACUGAUCAUUUG